UCCUAAAAAAAAGACAUUGUUGUCAACCUUUUUUUAAGCUGAAAUGUACACUGUAGCUGCGGAGCUAAAACGGUGGUGUUUUUCAUCGCCAUUAGGGAGAGUAGAUAAUGACUGAGUGUUCAUUCCUGACUGAUCUUUUAAUAAAAACGUUACCAACACAUUCUACCUUUUAAUUAAAGGAUCGCAGCUCCUGUGAUUUGGAUGUUGCACUUGGCAAUUUUGAUAUUUUUCUGAAUUGUUCAGCCCUCUUGCAACAUCUGAUUUCUCUUUUAUUUUAUAGAGGAACGAAGAGGGGCCAAAAUGUGCAAUCUGCAGCCUUAUGUAAUCUCCUCAGCAGGGCCCAGCAAGCCAUGCAGCAGAGGGGGACGUCUGUGAUGUGAGCUGUGAGGAGAAAGGGAACCUGCUCAUGAUGGAUGGAAGCUGUUUCCCACGUUGAGAGAGGAAGGUGGAACUAUGGACGCGCGCACUUUCUGGAACCACACAGACGCGCCCCAUGACAGCCACGCGGACGUGGUCUUCCUCAUAUUCAACUGCACAGUCUUGACCUUGGCGCUGGUCCUGGGUCUGCCCGGGAACCUGUGGGUCUGCUGGGUUGUUUUCAGGAUCAAGAGCCUGCGCACCUGCAACAACGCGCUGCUGGUCAGCCUGGCCGCCAGCGACCUGCUCAAGUGCUCCGUGGACACGCCGCUGCUGCUCUUCUCCUUCCUGAGGUACGGGCGGGACAGCGAGGUGUCGGUGCCCGUGUGCACCCUGCAGCAGUUCACCUACGCCCUGUGCAGCUGCGUCCAGCUGCUCACGCUGGUCAGCAUCAGCGUGGAGCGCUUCCAGGCCAUCGCGUUCCCCUUCCAGACCGAGGGCAGGAAGGCGAGGGUCCGCGUCUGGAUCCUGUCCAUCUGGGCGUGCGGCCUCGUCCUGGCAGCGAUCUCCCUGGUUCUGUCUGAGAAGGCGCUUUUUUACAUGCUCUGCCGUCCGCACACGAGGUGGCAGCACGACGACGAGCGGCUCCACUACUGGGAUCCGUUUGGGCCCUACGUGCUGGUGCCGGUGUGGGGCCUCUCCCUCACCGUCAUCGUCGUCCACUACGCGCGGAUAUUCAAAGUCGUCAGGCAGCAGAGAAAGAAAGUGUUCAACCGGGGAGUCCAGCUGCAGCCCAGGGUGUCGGAGCACGUCUGGGGCCUGCUGAGCGUCCCCGCCUCAGCACCACGGACAGCUCCGCUCAGGCCUCUGCCCUCCGUGGGCUCCGGCAGCCCGCUGCCUCCCCGCCGGACGGUGCUCCUGGUGGCCGAGGCCGGAGCCCCCUGUGCGGGCUCGUCCACAGCGGGCUCCCCGGGGAGACCACCGGAGAUCGUGGGGGCAGUUUGUCUCCUGACGCCUGGAGCUCGGGAGCGGGGGAAGAAGCAGAUGGAGGGGAGAGUGGCCCAGCGGUUUGGGUACAUCAUCGUCGCGUUCACGCUGUUCUGGGUGCCCAUGGUGGUUCUGCUGAUCGUGAACGUCACCUCAUGGCAGGACACGGACACACUGCUGAUGGAGCUGGAGACAUCAGCGAUGGUGCUGACCUGUGUGCAGGCUGCAGUGGAUCCCCUCAUCUAUACUUUAGUCACCAGACAGUUUCGCUCUGAACUCAGCAAGAUCCUGUCCUCCAUCCCGGGAUGUCCCCUAAUACUGAGGGCCUGACGGUCCAACGUGUGGGCUUGACUAUCUUGUGAAUUAACAACACCAUCGAAGCUAAAUGUGCACACGCAGAGUGAUUUAGACACCAGUGAAGAAGAGAGCCCGGAGAGUUUUGUAUUUGUGGCAGAUAUAGAUGUUUUAUCAGGCGUUUCACAGUUGGGACACAAGACAAGGUCAUAAAUAAUAUCCAACACCUGACAAGAUACGCACAGCAGUAGUCUCAACAAUGACAGGUGGCAUAGGAGGGCAAAAGCAAAGAGCGAGAGGAAAACCGACCGAGCCCAGAAAAAAGACGAUCAAAGAAGAGUACAUAACAGAGAAAGAGAGAGACAAACACAAUCACAGACCUCUGCUUUUGUUGUUUGUAAAACGGAGAGAAAAAGAGAAUGCAAUCCUUUGACACUUUGAGCCGGAAAUAUGCUUGCAGAAUAAUUCAAAGUGUGUCAUUUGAAAAGUGCGGCUGACACAAAACAACCUGUCUCGCAAAACAGGGAAGCGGUAAAUAAAAUCACGUUUUAAUCACUGCCCUAGCAACGUAAUAACAUAGGGAACCUCACAUCUGCCGUGAUGACCUGGGUCAUACCCUUGUUGUAGCUUCCAAUAGGAUCUAAAUGUCUGACAUGAUGCUGUGAAUACGAAGUCAAUGUCUUCAACCCCACUUUUUAAAAUUACGCUGGAAAAAAGCUCUACUUGUCUGUGCUUGUCUUCUUUUUUUUUUUUUUUUUUUCCUCCUGCUUGCACAGUUUGUCUAUACACUAAUACUGGAUCUAGGCAGCUGUUGCCACUAGGUACAGUACUAAGUUACCAGCAACAGUUCUAGGAAUAUCAGACUUAUCAUGUUUUUGAUAUUUUUUGGCACUCUCUGCUAACCUCAGAAUCAGAGAGAACUAAAGCUCACCAGAGGAGUCUACAAGGGACCGUAGGUUCUUGUGUUGUGAUGCACUGAUAUGGUGCCAAUUAUGCUAUACACUUUGGUUGAUAUGAUCAUGAUAUGUGUGUGUUUGUUUUUUUUUUGUAAGUCGUAGUACAAAUGCAUGUGUAAAACUGAUCUAAAUCUUCAGAUAUCUCCGUCUCCAUCUUAAGGUUAUUUAGUAUUUUUCUAUAAAGACCAUGAUACAUUUCGCUGCUAGUUUGUUUUCAAACACAAUCUACUUCUACAGAAAAAAUCAGCUACAUAUGGGCAGACGUGAUAUAAGACCAAUUCCGGUAUUGCUUUUGAAAUAUGCUCUUGGCUGAUAUGGACAGUAUGCUGAUAUAUCGGAGUAUCUCUAGCCCUGUCUGUGUGCUCUUGAUCGACAUCGGAAGUGGGUGCUCAGUCCUUUCUGACUGAAGCUGCUCUGCCUCCGCUUCGGUGUAAAACCACGGCGGCUGGUCUCAUCCGUCCAAAAGACAGACCCCAUCUGUCCGCGUAGCAGUUGGAUUCAGAAGGACAUUCAAGAUGAAAAACGGCCAGAAGAGAGGCUUCGGUAAGGAGGUUUCGCAGAGCUAAAAAGGUCACUGUCCAUAGUUACAAAGGUUAACGUUGACAUGAUUUCAUGAUAAGUCAUACUAAAAGGUACAAUGUCGGGGCUGCGAGUUGAGAGAACAGACAGAACAGUGUGCGUAUGUGUGUGUGUGUGUGUGUGUGUGUGUGUGUGGGGGGGGGGUUCUUUUUUUUUUUUGGGUGACAGAGAUCUGUGGAUGCAUCGUCCAAGUGUCCUCAGUGUCUCUGCGGUCACCGUUACGACAGACUUCCCUGCUUUUAAGUUCUCCAGAAGGUAAAGUAAAAUAAAAAUCCUUUUGAAACACCGAGGAGGACAAAAAGUACGAACACCGAGUUUCCUAACCACAUAGAGUACACAUACUCAACAACUUUGAAAAAAUGCCCGCUGAGUCUGGGGAAGAAGAAAAACGUUGACAGCUAGAAAGACUACUGAAAGCAUACUGUUGUUCACACAGGAGGAAGGGAUACAACAGGACAACAACGAGAGAGAGAGAGAGAGAGAGAGAGAGAGAGAGAGAGAGAGAGAGAGAGAGAGAGAGAGAGAGAGAGAGAGAGAGAGAGAGAG